CUCUCUCUCUCUCUCUCUCCUUCAGAGUGAGAGCUACAGGGAAGGAACACCCAUUGAGUCUCAUUCUACAUUUUCACUUCGUUCAAAUGAACACUUUAUACUUUGCGGUUGUGGUAGUAGGAUUUAGUUACAUGUGAUGCAGGACGUGCUGCUUUUUUUGUGAUACACGUAGACAACAAACAAUGAUCUAUUGUUUUAAAGCAGGAAGAGGAUGUCAGUUUGUUCUCUGAGAGGAGAGAAACCCAAACACAUUCAGGGCAUUAUAAUGUGUUCUCCAGUCUGUUUAAUUAUGACAAUCAUCAAGGACAAAACAAAAAAAAACUCUUUCUGAAUAUUCCAAACAUUAGCAAUUAGUUUUAUCUCUAUGGUUCCUUCCAAAGAACAAUUGGAGACGUCGGAACCUUCUAGACUAUUGCUGCUGUUGUUCACAAAUAAGUCUUGGGACAUCAUGCCCGGUCAGAGUUACUUAUCCAAGCAUCCCACUGAGCCGUUUAUCAUCCCAAAUGCCAUCCUAUUCCCAUUAUAGUGCACUACUAUAAGGCUCUGGUCAAAAGAAGUGCACUGUACAUUGGAACCAGGGUGUCAAUUGGGAAACAGACACAGUCUUGCAGGAAUCACAUGUCUGGGACACAGAGGCUUGAGGACAGCAAUGGUUCAUCAGUCAUCACACCACAUGAUCAGAGGAAGAGACAGAAGUAUUACCAAGAGACCUGGGCUAGAGAUCUGGAUGGAAAGAGUUGCAGAGAAGAAGCCUGGCUUGUUACUAAGUUAUUGAUAAACUGGAUAUCCAACAGCUCCUUAAUAAUCUGAAUCUACUGCCUGCCGCCGUGUAGCCCCUGAUUCCUGGACAGAUAUUUCUGGCGUGCCUGGUAACCCGGGACAGCCAGAGGGUCCUUCUCGUUAAUAGCUGAUGUAAAGAAGGAGCUUUAUCCAAAACCAGGGGUCUGAAACCGGAGACGGGGAGCUGUUGGUUACCUUAUCCCCAGAGAGAUGAAUCUUCGUGGGCCAUCUGCCCACCCGGGGGCCCGUAGGGGCCAGGAUCCGUGCUGGAGAAGAUCAUGGGAACCGUCCUAUUGGGACGGACUCAUGUCUGAAGUGGAGGUGGUGCCCCGACAUACCGGUCUUACGGGAUGUAACCCUCCUCAGCAACAGAGUGCCAGAGAUGAAGGGAGCCACAGCCAGAAUCUAGACAGGUGUUUGCAGGAGUUGGAGAGAGUGCAGUGUCAGACCUAUUUUAAAGGAGGAAGCCCAGUUAGCAGUCCUGGCCAAGUGCAGUGUCAGACCUAUUUUAAAGGAGGAAGCCCAGUUAGCAGUCCUGGCCAAGUGCAGUGUCAGACCUAUUUUAAAGGAGGAAGCCCAGUUAGCAGUUCUGGCCAAGUGCAGUGUCAGACCUAUUUUAAAGGAGGAAGCCCAGUUAGCAGUCCUGGCCAAGUGUCGAAGGUAGAGCUUGUGCCUCCAUCUCCCCCUCAACAUACCCCUGCUCGUACCCCUCGGCCGCACAGCGCCAUCGAGGGAAGACGUCAGAUGAACGAGUGGCUGUAUGAGUUGGAGAAGAUGCAGAGUGGGGACUAUUUUGAAGGAAGCCCCACUGACAGCCCAGAGGUUGAGCCCCAUCCGAAGGUUCAUUUGGGUCGUACCCCUCGCCCGCAGAGCGCCAUCGAGGGAGGUAGCCAGAAUCUAGACAGGUGGUUACAGGAGCUGGAGAGGAUGGAGAACGGGAGAUAUUUCGGAAACCCUGACCGAGCGCAGAGAGAUCAAGUGCAGGCCCCUUUCUACGACGGGACAGCGUCGAUGCCAACCCUUCACAAGGAACCCGUUGGCUCUGGCCUGCAUUACCACUACCAGGGCCUCCCCUCGUCCCCAUCUCUCUGCAGCCGGGACAGGGACCUCUCCCCCUGUGGGACUCCCAGCCAGAGUGACAGUUCCCUGGGCAGCCAGGAGUCCCUCAGGGCAGGAUUGUCCUCUGCCCCGGACUACAACGGUAGCUGGGAAAGGGCUAUAAUCAAGCAGGCUCCAGGGAAGGAGGAGGCUAAACUCAGCUCUCUGACUCCGGUGAGAGUGGGCUGGCUGCCCAUCCAGAGAAGGGCCCUGUUGAGGGAUGCUCCAGGCCCUGGACCCAGACAUCCACACCCUCAGGUCAAUGUAGCCAGACAGGUGAGACUUAAACCGGCCAUUACCCCUACCUUCCAGAAGAAUCCUGUCAAGGGAAACGUGAUCAAACCUGUAGUAGAGGGAGAGGUGGAGAAAGUGGAGUGGAGUCAACCCAGCAUUAACCCUGUGGGGCUCAGAACGAGGUGGCUUCCUGACCAGGCUCCUUCCCCAGGACUCAACACCAGGUCUCAGGCAAGGAAAGCUCAGUGCCAAUGGAGAGGGACAACAGGUCUUUAGGUUGGCAGGAUCAGAGGAGAAGUUGGGCUAGCAGGACAUCAUCACACCUCAGUGGUAGUGGGACUCCUACCCAGUCUAACAACUCCCUCCCCGGGGCUAACACUACCUCAGAGCCUGCCAGGAAGAGCCCUCUACACAGGACAACCAGCAACAACCAACAUUCUUCACACACUGAGGUUCCACCCUAUGGGACCAGCUCACAGUCUCCUGGAAUCCAACCUGGGGACGACUCAGACUCAGAACCCUGCUGGAGAUCUUCUCUACACAGGACCAAUAGCUUCCAAACGUCUUCUCCCUGGACGAUCAGGCCAAUAGUCCAAAAUAAUACUUCACACACUGAGAUAACCCCCUCUGGAACCAAAUGUGCACCGUACAGGAGCAACAACUCUCUAUGUAGGACAAACAGCGUCCAACAGAAACCCUCACACGCUGAGUUAACUCCUUAUAGAACCAGCUCAGAGCCUUACAGAGCAACCUCUCUACAAAAACGAACAAGUUGUCUUCCACAAACUUCUCCUGCUGGGGUAGUAUCACCCCCGGCCCCUGGGACCACUACAGGUGCUACCAUCGUCCUGAAGACAACUACACCAGCCUUCUCCUCCAUUACCAUCGCCACCAAGAAGAUCUCCAGGACGACAAGCCUCCGUGAGUCUAGACCUCUGAGCCCUGGAUCUAGAGCCCCCAGACCCCAGAGCUACCACUCUAAUGAGGCCAGGGUCCCAGGCUAUAAAGCCCCCAGGCCCCAGAGCUACCACUGUGAUGAGGCCAGGGUCCCAGGCUAUAAAACCCCCAGUCCCCAGAGCUACCACUGCGAAGAGGCCAGGGUCCCAGGCUAUAAAACCCCCAGGCCCCAGAGCUACCACUGCGAAGAGGCCAGGGUCCCAGGCUAUAAAACCCCAGGCCCCAGAGCUACCACUGCGACGAGGCCAGGGUCCCAGGCUAUAAAACCCCUAGGCCCCAGAGCUACCACUGCGACGAGGCCAGGGUCCCAGGCUAUAAACACCCCAGGCCCCAGAGCUACCACACAAACCAGGCCAGACUCUCCACCACCUGCACCUCUGUCACCCAGCAGGACCAGGUCCAUCACCACCACCCCACCGGCAACGACCCAGGCUCCACCCCUGUCACACUCAGGAGAAAGUCCACUGCCACCAUAGUCAAAGUGACCGAGCACAGAAGGAUGACCUCUGAACCUGUCAACCGACUGAAUGGAAGGCAGAGCCCUGUUUCAUCUGUGUCAGGUGACCAACCAAAUGAUCAGGGCACGGCGGUUCACAGGAGAAAAGCCACCGUCAUAAAAGUGACCGAACACAGAGAGAGCUACAGCCCAGGUCAGGAUGCCAGUGGUGUGAUCAGAAGCAGCAGUAGGCCGUCAGAGUACAGACACAGUUACACAGAGGGAGUGUACAGACACAAAUCCCCGUGGCAACAAUCCCCGUGGCAACAAGGAGCCAUGAAUUCAAACAUGAACUCUAUGGAAUCCCUCCAUAGUACCCCUCCCUCCCAGUACCUUCUAGAAUCAUCUAUGGACAGGAUAGACAGGCCCAACUCUGCUCUGUUCCUGACUCCAAACAAGUCCACCUCAACCACUACAGUUGCUCUGAGGGACCCAGAGGGAAGCAGAGGUGGAGGGAAGCCAAUACAGAAGUCUACCCUGAUGCUGUUCAUCAACCCCCCUUCUCCCUCUUCCAGAGAGACGUCCAUAGAGAAGGUUGGUGUAGAGAGAGGAGGCGAAGAGAGACGGGCUCGGGACAGAGCCAGGAGACCAGCGAGCUGCUAUGCUAAUGUGUUUGGCCACACUGACCCGACAGAGCCAUGCCCGGUCUCAGAGACUGUUACUGUUACACAAGCUGGACCCGGGAACUGGAGCCCAGAGACUGUUACUGUUACACAAGCUGGACCCGGGAACUGGAGCCCAGACUGUUACUGUUACACAAGCUGGACCCGGGAACUGGAGCCCA